AAACCGAUUUGAGGGGGCGGGGCGGGCUCGUCAUGUGAACGGCCGCAUGUUCGGGCAGAAGUGGGUCAGCGGCGCCGCGGAGGAGCAGGUGCUAGAGCCGCCCGGUGCUGCCGCUCCCGCACGGACCCCCGCGCCGCUCUAUGCGCCCCCCCGGCGUGCCCCUGAGCGCCGCCGGCCACGAUGCGAGCCCAAAUUGAAGUGAUCCCAUGCAAGAUCUGUGGAGACAAGUCCUCAGGGAUCCACUAUGGUGUUAUCACCUGCGAAGGCUGCAAGGGUUUUUUUCGGAGGAGCCAGCAGAACAAUGCCAGCUACUCCUGCUCCCGGCAGAAGAACUGCCUGAUCGACCGCACCAACCGCAACCGCUGCCAGCACUGCCGCCUGCAGAAAUGCCUGGCGCUGGGCAUGUCCCGCGAUGCAGUGAAGUUCGGCCGCAUGUCAAAGAAGCAGCGGGACAGCCUCUAUGCUGAGGUGCAGAAGCACCAGCAGAGCCAGGAGCAGAGCGGCAGCACCAAGGAUGAGCCCGAGUCCCUGAGCCGCGUCUACACCACCAGUGUCAGCAGCGGGCUCUCGGACCUGGACGACAUCUCCACGCUGUCGGAUGGGCUUCUCUUUGACUUCCCCCUCACCCCUGAUGGCAGCAGCACCUACUACAACCUUGACCUUCUCGCCUCAGCGCAGCCCUCGCCUGACCAGUCCAGCCUGGAUGUGGCCGAUGCCACGCUCAUCAAGCAGGAGUCCAUCUAUGAGCUGAUGCUGGAGCCAGCCCUGUUCACGCACGGCGCACUGGAGGGCGGCCAGCUGCCUGCCGAUAUCUCCGUCCUCGAGAUCGACCGGGUGGCCCAGAACGUGGUGAAGUCGCACCUGGAGACGUGCCAGUACACGACUGAGGAGCUCAAGCGCCUGGCAUGGAGCCUCUACUCCCCUGAGGAGGUCCGCACCUUGCAGAGCAAGAGCUGUGAGGCCAUGUGGCAGCAGUGCUCGCUGCAAAUCUCCAACGCCAUCCAGUAUGUGGUGGAGUUUGCCAAGCGCAUCGACGGCUUCAUGGAGCUCUGCCAGAACGACCAAAUCAUCCUCCUGAAAGCCGGUUGCCUCGAGGUGCUCCUAAUCCGCAUGAUCCGUGCAUUCAACCCGUUGAACAACACCAUCCUCUUUGAGGGGAAGUUCGGCGGAGUACAGAUGUUCAAGUCUCUCGGCUGUGAUGACCUCAUUGGUGCUGUCUUUGAGCUGGGGAGGACACUGUGCCGCCUGCAGCUGUCAGACGAGGAGCUCGCCCUCUUCACCGCCGCUGUCCUGCUCUCCCCAGAUCGCCCGUGGCUGACUGAGUCCAAGAAGGUGCAGAAGCUCCAGGACAAGAUCUAUGUGGCCUUGCAGCAUGAGAUCCAGAAGAAACACUCUGCCGAGGACAAGCUCUCAAAGAUGGUUUCCAAGCUGCCCUUGAUGAAGACCAUUUGCAACCUGCACUUGGACAAGCUGGAAUUUUUCCGUCUCCUGCACCCAGAGACUGCCAUGAACUUCCCACCCCUCUAUAAGGAGGUCUUCAACUCAGAGCUUCAUUACAGCGACCCACAGGAGAGCUAAGGCUGGGAGCCACCGGCCCCCUUUGAAUUCCCCAAAAUUUGGAGAUGAGCUAAACUUCAGAGGUAUUGGGCAGUUUAUUUCAAUCAAAUAAUCAAAUUCGAGAGAACCUGGGGGGCUGGGGUAUCUCCCUGGCCACGUUUCCUCGCUGUGGAUUGCAAUAGCUCUUGAAUGUAAAGCACCUUGAAGGAAAAAGCAAACGGACUUUGCCAUACCAGUGAAAUGAAUGUGAAGUCUCUGCUCGGGAGAGGAGAUGCUCCUGGCAGUGGUAAGGGACCAACGACUCCUCGCAGUGCACAGAUCCAGGGGAGCACACACCACGCACAUGCCGCUGCACUCAUGGCAUGGCCCUUCCCACAAUCCUGGCUGCACUCUCCAUCUCUGAUUUUUUUAAAUUAUUUUUUUAUUUUAUUUUUUUACCCAAACACAAGGCAUGGGAUAAAGAAGGGGCAAUGCAGACCUGGCCGGAUAGGUAUGAGCCAGGCCGGUGGGGGCAGCUUUGUGCUCCUGGCUGGAGCCAAGGAAAGGGUGAAGGCAGAGCCUUUGUUUUAUUCCUUCUCCCAUGGGGCAUGGAGUAACCUCAGGAGCUCAGCCAAGAAAGACCCAGCUGUGGCCGGGGGUGGAUUCAGCACAGGAUUUCCCCAUGGAGGAGGCUGGUUCGAGGGAAAAGAUGCCCAAAGUGGCAGGGGAGAAGCUUUGCAGGAUCUCCAUGCCCUCUGCAGCAUUUUCCCAAAUGCCCGGCCAACUCCCUGUCCGGCUGGCCGACCGCCUAGCUUUUCAGAGCUGAUUCAGCAAAUCUGCCCACCUCCUUUCUGCAUCCCAAGUGCUUUUUGAAGAGGGGCUUCGCCCUUGUGACUGUGGCCAAAUCCCAGCUCCCGGCUGCUCCACCCCAGAGGCAGCCGCAGGUGUUGGUGCGGGCGCCUAGGCUUGGUGCCUGUCCCUGCGUGUCAUCGCAGGCAGUGGCUCUUUGGGUGCUGGCUGCUGCAUGUAGUUUUUCUUAUUGAGACUGUUAAAACUCUGUCCCAUGGCUCGGCAUCCAGAGGAGGUUUUGUGGCCUUUCCUCUGCCCAGUCCAUGCCAGUCCCACUGCCGGGUACUCCCUUCCCACACCAGGACCACCGGGGGCAUGGCCAUGACUGCUGUUGCAGGUUGAGUUGGACCCAGGCUUUUCCCCCCAGGGAGCUCUUUAGAACUGUUAUUUUGGGGUUUGUCCUCUGUUUAGCAGGACCUGGGGGCUUUUUAGGGGGAGAAACUGCCCAUUGGUGUGAAGGGGAAGCAAAAGGUCCUCCUUGCUUCCUUGGAAGUCAUGGUGUGGUUGGGACCUGCUGCUCUGAGCUUGGGAGGCUCAAUAGGUGAAGAAGGAAUGAAUUUGUGGAGUGAUGCUGCAAUAGCCUGCAGCUGGUGGGGCUGCUUGAGGGACUCUGACCAGGCUCUGCAGAUGGUUUUUCCAUCCCUGUUCCUGCAGCUAACGCCAAAAGCUACAAGGGAAAAACCUGCUCUGAGGAAGCCCCGGUUUCUGCUGAUAAAGGGCUAAAAUCCCAAGCCCUUUCCCGCUUCAUGGUGAUUUCUCGUGCAUCCAACCCCAUCCUCCGGCAGCUUGGAUUAUCUCCGAGCGUGAGCCAAAGACCUUCAAUUCCAUAAUUCCCUUAAACUCAAUGAGCAGCUUUCUUGGUGACGGUAGGGGAUAUUCGUGCUUUCAGUUAAAAGACCUCCUAGGGAAGACCAAGGACCAACCUUGGCUAGGGAAGACUCACCAGGAAGCCAAUGGGAUUUCUGCUUCAGUAUAAGGCAGAGAAAACCUUGGGACUGUGCUAUUUCCCGGCAGCUGCCAUCCACCACAUACAGCCAUGUACUUUCUGGUUUUGCUACCGGCCGUCUGAUCUGCUUCUCAGAGCAUAUCGGAGUUCGUCAGCCUUGUUUCUCUCCCCGAUGGCGUUAGAGCCUAAGUCUCCGGUGAAGGCUGCUGACCCUCCCAGCAGCUCCAUGCGAUGUUGAGUGCCAAUGUGUCGUUCUCCAGUACAGCAUUCACCGGGGUGGGGAUGCACCACACUUGUUUCCUGCCCUCUCAGAUCCUAAACCUUUUACAGAAGUGUGAAGUCAGUACUGCCCUUUUUUGUCUAGGGGGUUGUGCCUUUUUUUUGAAGCAUCAUUUCCAACAGCACUGUUUGCUUCCUGGCUCCUCUCUGCGGGGAAAAAGCACUCAAGAAAAUGAACAUGCUUUGCAGAGGGGGCUCUCGCCCUCUGUUUCUGCAGGACAGCAGCACUCCCCUUCUUGGAGGAAACAGCCACGGGUGUGUUGAAAUGUUUGGGGGGG